UUCGCACGGAAUACCUGCUGUGCUGCAGGCUGCGUGAUCAUCUUUUGUGUGUGUCAUUCAUUAGUUGAAGAAUUACGGCGCAAAGGUGUAAAUCGGGUGCCAACGACACAAACUCGAGUCACCCACUGGUCAGAUUGUCUUUUGUUGAAGGAUAGACAACUCACUGCUGUAUAGCAAAAUUUUCUUAAUCUUCAAUCUGGUAUUCAGAUAGUUUCUAUGGUAGCAAAGUACUUUCAAAUUUAAGCAAACUGAUAAGGCGACAUAUCACAUGCACAUUGGAUGAUCAAAAGUUUUAAAGUGCAACUUCCGGUAGAGGGCAAGCUCACGCGACAACGUCCGUUAAUUAGAACUCCAAUCAAACGAGCGUGACUCUUAAAUCAUUCUGUUGCGCUACUGCAACUCCUUAAGCGUCAUGUUGCUUCAAAAUUGUUUGUCAAACAAUAAUAAUCAUAUUUGUCUAUAUAAUAAACUACUUUCAGAUAUCACCGGCAAACAAACGCACAGAAAGACCACCCCCUGGGGAAAACCAUUUAAAGAACGAGAUAGGCGCUGCGUGUGUGUGCUCCGUUUUGUUCGCAAAUGUUAUGCGCAUUCGACCCAAAAUAAUUUAUCUUUAGACCACUUGAACAUUUAUCGCAUAAAGUACAAAAGCAGAUCGAAGCAUGUGGAAGUUUUCCGCAGUAUCAUGCAUGGCGGAAUUGCAUUGUGUGCAGCUAAGCUUAGGAAUCAUUCAAUAAAAGGGUUUUAAACCAUGUGUCAUUAACUAUUGAUGCUACUUCAACCGAAGCGAUCAGACGCAGGCAGUGUAAACAAAAGCAGAAGCAGAUUGUAGUUUGCAGUAAAAUAAAUGUUUCAUCGACGAGGAUGACAUCCAUUUCAUCGUCGCGUGUGCGCGGUUUGAAUUACAUGUCUGGAUGUUAGUUGCCAUAGACCGCAAAGAAGACAUCGAAGCGGUUGUCAUAGUUCGACACGAUUUCACGCUCGCGGCGAAUAGAAUUCAAAGCCAAUAGGAAAGGACCAAUUGGGGAAAACAUUUUCUCGUAAAUAUCUCGCUUAUUAGGGAUUACAGCUGGAGUGGAAACAUGGCGGAUCGGAGCUGGGAUAAAACAGGAACUACGGACAAAUGUAUGCUGGCGAUGCUAGAGGAUUUAGCGCCGUGGAUGGCGCAUAUAUUGAGUUCAGAGAUAACGGUAGACACGCUAAUGGAAGAUCUUGACACAGGAGUGGUUCUGUGUAGACUAGCUAACGCGAUCCAACGAACAGGCGAAGAAUUUAUUCUACACAACUGCUCUAUUCCUCGAAAAUCUUUCCCGGCUUGCGGCGUCACAUACAAAGAAAGAACAGCCUUCCGCGGUUCGUUCAUCGCCAGGGAUAAUGUGGCAAAUUUUAUUCGCUGGUGUCGAGAAUUGGGAGUAUCGGAUGUUGUUAUGUUUGAGACGGAGGACCUUGUACUUCACAAGAACGAGAAGUCUGUUAUUUUGACCCUUAUGGAGGUAGCGCGCUUGAGCGUAAAAUUCGGCGUCGAACCGCCUGAUUUGGUCAGAAUGGAGAACGAAAUCGAUCAAGAAAUUGAACAGCAACCGGAGGAAAUCAUGGUUGAACCCAUGGUUCAGUUAAAGAAGAUGCAAAAAUCACACAGCCUGGAUGAUUUGGUUUAUCAAGUAUUGGAGCAAUGCACGUGCCCGGUGCGGUACCCAGUCCUCCGCGUCGGAGAAGGAAAGUACCGAGUGGGAGAAGGCAAGUCGCUAAUAUUCGUCAGGGUCAUGCGCAAACACGUGAUGGUUAGAGUUGGCGGGGGCUGGGACACUCUGGAGCGAUAUUUCGACAAACACGAUCCAUGCAAGGUGUCAGAGAGACAGAGGAGGAACUCACUCAAGUCGCCCAGAUCGCGUAGUGGAAGCGAUGUGAUUGGCAGAUCGCCGAGCUCAAUGAGUAUAUCCAGUACUGACAGCUAUGAUUCGGGUAGUUAUCCUGUUUCUCACGGCCGCACUGCAUCCUGGACUUCUCCGCAGAGUUCCUCUUCACAGCUCAAGAGUCCACGAGACCUCAGGGAAAGGGUUGCCAGCGUGUCCCCCACGAGAAGUCCUUCGCCUUCAUCUCCACGACUACAGCCAUGGCAAAGACGGGGAACGAUAUCACGUGACACGCCGCCCAGAACCAUGGACACGCAAUCACGGGGGCGGUUAUCAAGGAAGAGUAAAAGCAUGCAAGAACUAAACAGCGUUUUCGUAGACGGCCGCAGCCCUUCCUAUUCCAAACCGACUUCCUCGUCGAUUCGGAAACAGAGCGUGAGUGGCGAGAAUUCUCCCAGAGAUGUUGGCUCCGGUGGCGCAGAACAAAACCGCAGAAAAAGCUUAACAACCAGUUCUCGGAGAUCGUCCAACGCUGGAGGACAAGGAGAAUCUUCGACGGCCAGAAGUCGCUUGAGUUCCAGCGGACCUGUUGGCUCACAGAGGCCAGGGCCUCCAACGGUAUCUAGGAGCGCCUCUUUCGGCUCCAGACCCCGCACCCUGAUCCCCGUGAUGGAACCACGCUCGAAAACUAUGGUCAGCUCAAGGCCUGCAAGAGAAACGCAAAGGAGAGCGUCUUCGGCCCUACCUGGAAAAGUUGAGAAUAAGGCGGAUGAAAUUCGGCGGAGAGAGGCUAAAGCCAGACGAAGAUCAUCUUCAGUUACGGUCGAUGGGAAGGGACGCGCACCCAGCUCACCAAAACCUGCGCAGAGAUCAGAGAAAGAUAAACAAGAGAGAGGUAGGAAGCCCAGUGUUUCAGCGAUCGAUGCGAAGGGACCGUUACCUGGCUCACCGAAGCCCACACAGAGGCCAGCGGAAGAUAAACAAGAGAGAAGUAGAAAGUCCAGUGUCUCCAAGAUACCCAGUCCCCGGCACAAACCGGAGCAGCCUGUUACGUCUGCUUCUAGGAAAAUGUCAACGGGAAGUACAGCUCACAGGUCCCUUCCUUCUACACCAAGAGAGAGAAAAUCUUCCACGACUCAAAAUAGCGCCAAAAAUAACGCGGUUAAAGGGCCAAAAACCAGCGCUGUGACAGAGAAGACAAAAGGACAGCAAACCCCGCCCACUUCACGCCGCGAAAAUAAAUCGGUUAUUAAGAGAAAGGAGCUGGCAGAUACAAAAACCAAUGAAAACGUUGGUAAAGAAAGAUCGACAAAAAUCGGCCAUGAGGACGAGAAAGGGAAGGCAUUGAACGAUGAACAAAUUAAGGACGAUGUUUUUAACAUUUGUGAUAUUUCCAUAUGCGAGGAUAGUGUUUCAAAUGGACCACUGAAUGGUAAAUCUGAAAACUUUAGUGAAAAUUCAGACACGAUUGACGAUAUUUCUAGUACCAGGGACAUCACCUCGCCGGAUGGAAGGUUUUCGCCAAAGCUCACAGUGAACGGAGGACGGAAAACGUCCGAAUGCUCCUUAGAAACUGAUAGUGACGUCAACAGUGAUCUUUUGAGUGACAUGACAGACACUGAUUACGAUUUUAGGAGUCAGCGGUUUUCGGGUCUGUCCGAAACUUCAAGUGAUGUAUCAUUCGGUACCAGUCCCGCUUGGAAGUUAUUCCACUCCGUCGAACUCGACAAGAAUGUCCCGGAGCCAGAUAGCUCAGAAUUGGGAAGCUCGCUCAAAGACUGUCUAAUGAAUCUGAAUCUGCAAGGCUCCGUUACACCAACAAUGAAAAGACGCAUUUUCGAUGCUGCCCCAACAAGAAAUCCAAAGGAGGAAUCGCCAGAUUUAGCGAUGGACUCUGAGACUCCACCUGUAGACAAAGCGGUCUUCUUUGAUAUCGAGCAUUACAAUGAUAAGUCGCCCGACGAAGAAGACGCCAUCGUUGGCUCGCCUCGUAAGUGGUCACUUGUCAAGUCCCUUAUUAGCAGCAUCGAAAAACGAAGCAGUAGCAGCACUUCUACUUCUAGAGCAAGCAAGAAUGCUGCAGCCACUUCCAGGGCAUCUGCUCCAGGCACCACCGGCAAACACCUUGGAAUGGAUGAGUCAGUGGUUACUACUCAGAAGACCAUGAACAACCACAAGAUGCCUCGUGCCAGACCUUCCCCAUUCAACGACCAUACUGAGGAUGAAUCUGUUGAAGACGUGAUGGCGGGAGCCGAACACCGCACCCCAUUCCCUGAAGGGGAGCUCGUCGCUCCACGUGACACUGUAAUAUGUGACUUCAACAGGAAUGUCUCGAACUCAACGCAAGGAGAAAGCGAUGAAACUUGGGCAAAUCCGCGGCGGAUUCCAGGGGAAAAACCACUUGAGAGUUUUGAAAGCAUUAAUCACGGUGUCAAAGCAAGGAAGUCGUCACGCGAGUCAAGGCGAAAGGAGAAAGAGUUGGACGUGUUUCCUCGGCCUCAGCGUCAGUUUACUCUUGAAGAAAUGAUCCAAGACAUGAUGCCCGCAGACGGCGAGUCUAAGGAGACUGGAGACCAGCGAAUGUUGUCCCCCGAACCUCGAUUUCAAGCUUGGUUGUAGGCAUAUAUGGUGCUAAAUUGAUUAUUCGUUAUGGAGGAUUUUAAUAGUGACCGACCCAAAACAGCUUUUUCAAAGUGAUUCAUGCUGUUCGAAAAGUCUAUACAUAGACUUGUGGUAAUCGUCAGUAAGCUAGCUAUAUAAAGCAGUUUCUUUAAUUUAUUUUGCGCUGCCCAUAGACCAAAAUUUUUCCACAGCUAAGUGCAUUUGAAUAUGAUAUUUUUCAUUACAUAAUCAGUUGUAUUCUCACGACUUGGUUAAUUGACUUGCUUUAAAGAGAUAAAUGAUGAAGCUAAGAAUUGAUAAUUGCUUAAUUUGUCUAGAAGAUUAAUUGUUGAAAAAAAUAUUCCCAACCGGUCAAAGUAUAAAUAUACGACUUUCGGCUUCAAGUAUCUGACCAAUUGCUAGGAGUGUACCACAAUGAUAGUAAUCAUUAUGGACUGUUAAGAGUGAGGUUACAAUUUUUUCGCAUAACAGGUGCAUAAAUUAUUGUUAUUUGCAUGGAAAUCAGGGCAUCAUUUUUCGCUUGCCGAUCGCUGGAAACGAAGGCAGUGAACUAGGAAACAUUUAUUGCCAUUAAGUAUCACAUGAUGUUAACGUUUGAAAUGUUAUUUCCAUUUUGUAAAAGAUUAAUUAAGCUUGCUUCGAGAAGAGAUAAAUGACUUAAAGACUACCAAGUGUAGCUAUUUAUAACAGAAAAUAUAUUAUGUUUGGGUGUGAAAAUUGAGAUUAA